CUCAUUAUUGAACAACACCUGUUUCCUAUCAGUGACACUAUAAAGGUUGCACUCAUCCACACACACAUGGCUGAUUAUUGUGUAGUCUAUACCCUAUUCCUAGUCUCCGUGUUUCCUUGCCUUGCCUUGCUUUGCCUUCUUGUUUUUCGACCUUGGACUGUUUAUUGGAUUACUCUUUUGUCUCGCCCUGGAUAGUCCCUGUUUGCUGGUGUUUGACCCUGCCUGUUUUGACCAAUAUUAUGAAUAAAAGCUGCAUUUGGAUCCUCAACUCUGUUGUCACACCUCCUACGUUACAGAAUAAUGAGCCACACACGGAUCCAGCGGCUUUAUUCGGCAUACCAGCUGAACCAUGGAUCCAGUAGACCAGCUAUUACAUCUUCGUCAAGAAGGCCUAUCUAUUGAGGAGUAUGUUCACCGGUUCUGCCAUCCUUUGAUGGUGGUGAAUGGUCAGGAUUUUUCUCAGGACAGCCAGCCUCCAGCUGCACCAAGCUUGGAGGAUCCCAGAUCUUCGUCUCUGGCCUUCAAGACCUGGACUCCACUUCGGUCCGUCAACCCUUUGGUGUCACCUUGGCUCAAAGCUCUCUCAUCUCCAUUAUGGCCCAUCAGUCAACUGGCCCCGCCAGGCUUCCUCGUUCCUCCGGCUCCACCUUGGUCAUUCGUCAACCUGCCCUCACCUCGGGACUAUAAUCCUCCGGCUUUGCCUCGUCUCUCCAUCCCUCUGGCUCCAUUGGGCUCCUCUUUCCCUCCAUCUCCGACUUGGUCCUUGGUCGCUCUGGCUCCACCGUGGCCUUCUGGAACCCCACCUUCUCCUCGGUCACCAGAGUCGUCGGCUCCUCCAUGGCCCUCUGAUCCCUCAGUGUUACUCUGGCUCUUCGGCUCUCCAUCUUCACCUUGGGCCCCCCUGUCCACCUGCUCUGUUUCUGUCAGUCGGACCCCUGAAACCUUCUGUUUCACUCCCCUCAUGGGUCCUUCCUCCAACUCCAUCAUGGACUGUUAGUUCUUCUCGUAAUUGGAGCAUCUGGAAUCGGCUCUUUGGCAGGGGGCUCUGUCACGAUAAGGGGUUUGGUCUUUGUUCUCUCGGACUCCAUUUCCCAUAAACCCCUGCCUAGGAACUCCAUUAUUGAACCACACCUGUUUCCUAUCAUUGACACUAUAAAGGUUGCACUCAUCCAUUUUUUACUUGGACUGUUUAUGGGAAUACUCUUUUGUCUUACCCAGGAUAGUACCUGUUUGCUGGUGUUUGACCCUGCCUGUUUUGACCACUCUUAUGAAUAAAAGCUGCAUUUGGAUCCUC